CCUCCCAGGAGCCUACGGUCUUGUGCAACUUGGAAAGGGAGAAACCGUAAGCUGUGAAGCGAACGUGUAGAGAACCGAAGAAGCGGCACAACCGCACAGGGCGCAGAGCAAGGGCGGGCACACCCCUCGCCCGGGGACCGCACUCGCCAGCGGGGACACAGCAUCCCAGUGGACACAGACGCUCCCUCUCCCCGGCGCCCCUGCCUGGCCCCUCUGGCCGGAAAGACCCUCAGCGCCCGCCGUCUCCGCAGCGCCCACCGGAAUCCCAGAGCUCCCUGGAGCUCCCGGCCGGUAUCUGCAAACUUUUCCCCAGCCCACGUGCUAACCGAGCGGCUCGCGUGCCGAGCCCGGGAUGGAGCGCCGCGCCGCCUGAGACCUACGUGCCCACGGUUCACGGCACAGAGAUGCUGAUUGUGGCGAACUGACUGGUGCGGUCCGGGGCUAGAGGCGGCUCCCCCGAGUCCUCCCCAGCAGCUGGGCCGGCGCGGGCUCCUUGGAUGAGCCCUUCAGUUCCCCGAAUUUGAGAGGCGUCUCUCUCCCGCCCGACCGUCCAGAUGCAGUUUCGCCUUUUCUCCUUUGCUCUCAUCAUUCUGAACUGUAUGGAUUACAGCCACUGCCAAGGCAACCGAUGGAGACGUAGUAAGCGAGCUAGUUAUGUGUCAAAUCCCGUUUGCAAGGGGUGCUUGUCUUGUUCAAAGGACAAUGGCUGUAGCCGAUGCCAACAGAAGUUGUUCUUCUUUCUUCGAAGAGAAGGGAUGCGUCAGUAUGGAGAGUGCUUGCACUCCUGCCCCUCGGGGUACUACGGACACCGAGCCCCGGACAUGAACAGAUGUGCAAGAUGCAGAAUAGAAAACUGUGAUUCUUGCUUUAGCAAAGACUUUUGUACCAAGUGCAAAGUAGGCUUUUAUUUGCAUAGAGGCCGCUGCUUUGAUGAAUGUCCAGAUGGUUUUGCAUCAUUAGAUGAAACCAUGGAAUGUGUGGAAGGAUGCGAAGUUGGUCAUUGGAGCGAAUGGGGAACUUGUAGCAGAAAUAAUCGCACAUGUGGAUUUAAAUGGGGUCUGGAAACCAGAACACGGCAAAUUGUUAAAAAGCCAGCAAAAGACACAAUACCAUGUCCAACCAUUGCUGAAUCCAGGAGAUGUAAGAUGACCAUGAGGCACUGUCCAGGAGGGAAGAGAACACCCAAGGCAAAAGAGAAGCGCAACAAGAAGAAGAAGAGGAAGCUGAUAGAAAGAGCCCAGGAGCAACACAGUGUCUUCUUAGCUACAGACAGAGCUAACCAGUAAAAUCAAAGACACACGCGGUGGAUUUUGGGGGGCAGGGGGGUUGUUUUUGCAAAAGUGCACAGAGCUGCUCUCCACUCCUGCACACUGGCGCCCAGCGCUCCUGCUGCUCUGGCCGGUAUCUAUUCUCGGUAACACGGUGACAGGAAGAGCCCCACGCGCAGCCUCUGUGUUAUUUAUGCUUUGAUUAGAGUCUGGAGCCUGGGAGGACAGAAGUAGGUGCUCAGCCUGUGACUGGGCUCGGAGUGUGCUGAGAGAAUCCGCCCCGGCUCUGCACGGGCACGCAGAGGUGUGAGGCUGCAGAGCGCCCUGGAGCACGGACGUUUGCCUAUUUAUGUGAAAGAAGCAGCUCUCGGCAGGCAAAGUGCUGUUCACUCGUGACCUUUAUUUCUCACAGUGCGCGUUUUCAAGGAUACACAUUUGUGAAUACCUGCUUAGUGUUAACCACAUGGUGUUCUCAGCAUCUGUUACCUCCACACUGUUGUGUGAUGAAACUGCUUUUAGCUGGGGACCUGCUCUGGACAUCCCUGCUUGGUGUCACAGCAGCCCUAAUGUGUACAUACUCGGCUGGGGCUCCGUAGCAAGCUCUUCUUCAUUGUGUAUUUAUGCUUUCUUGUGUUUAACAUGUCACUUUGUUUCUAGUGGUUCCUAACCUUUGUCUGGUAAAUGUUCUAGUUUUGCAAAUGGACAAAAUUGACAAAUGUUGCCUCUUGAAACUUUUUUGGGGGGUGGGGGGUUUAUUUCUCACUGUAAGAAUAGGAUAAGCUAGUUUUUGUAUAUAGAGUCAAUUGAUCAGUGUCAAAGAGUUUGAAUAUGGACAGACCUUUCCCCCCUCUGUGUCCCACACACAGAUAAAGCAGCAUCUGACAGUCAGAAGACAAAAUUCCCUUUGAGUCUAAGAUGUGAUGCUUUAAGAAACGCAGUGCAAACCACAAGGAAUUAAUUACAUGCGGUCAUUUGUAGUACUCAGCAUGCUGGCUACAGAAUUUUUCAAACUUCUGAUUUGAGGGGUUUUUUUAUUUAAUUUUUUUUUUUUUAAUGACAGAGAACCUAAUAAUAUUCUUGGGUCACUGGAGUGAAUUUACCAUCAUGAGUCUAUGCAUAGAAUUUGGUGAGAAAACAAGGUGAAUUCCUACAACUGGUAGUCAGAUCGUAACACGUUUCCUUUGAGCCAGAAUCUUUAUCAUAUCCAAAACGGAGAGGAACACUAUGGAGACUUCCCAGGUGACUUUCAGAACAGUUGUUUCAAAACCAUCAUUGUCCACUUGAGGGAAUCGGUUUUUAGAGGGUUGUGAUUUGGCUUUUCUUAAAAGCAUCAUUGUCUUCCUGGCUGGUGCAGGAGAAAUUUAGAACAAAAAAGAAAUGCUUGCAGAUUUCUGAGGAAACCACCAAAGCAAGGUAAAGCCUUUUUCUUAACCUUGCAUGGGCAAAAACUACCUCUUCAGCAUUUUUUGUUUAACUUUUGACUCAAAAAAAUAGUAAUAAUAAUAAUAAGGAAGCAUCUUACCAGUAAGGAUAUAUGUCAUAUACAUCAUUAUGAACAUCUUAUUGCUAUAAGCCAUAUAUGAAUGUUGUAUACAGCUUUAGGGUCGGCCUUGAAUCCUGAAGUGUUCACCUCCUUUCUUGCCUAUUUACACUAUAUUCCCAUUUACUAAGCAGGGAAGGCUCUCCUUUAUGUAACGCUUUAUCGUUAG